AUGUCCUAUUAUGAUAUUGACGCUAUAUUGACGGAUGGUCAAAAACUACCAUGUACUUUUGAGCUCGAGGUUCCCGGCCUUGGCUUUCUUGAGGGCAAUCCCGGUGAAAAUAUCAAAACAGGCACUCAGGUCGACCUGCCAUUAUGGCUAGGAGAAAUGCUUUCUAUAGGUGCGCGACUGGGCACCUCACGCCUUGUGACGCUCGAUAUCCCCUCCGCGCUCUCUGAGCGAGUCAUGAAUGCUCUCAAGGCCGAUCCGCGAACAGUAGAUCUUCGUGCCCAAGCUCCUCAUUUCUAUAGUCUCGGGGUGCGUAUUCUCGAGUUGUUUGAAGAGGAAGAGAUGGGCGAUGUCUUGAGCGAUACGCUUAGUAAAAGAGCUGCUGAGGUUGCCAAUCAUGCACACAAUCCACGGGGAGCCUUGGGCGACGGCGUGGACUUUCUACGGGGGCUGGACGAGACGGAAAGACAGCUGUUCCGGAUAGCUCAUGAUAGCGCAAAGGAAAUUAGGAUAUGGGCAGGUGAAGCAAAGAAACCGAAGUAA